GGAUAUCGGGUGAAGCCGCUGUGUCUGACACAGCUUCGGCUUGCCGGCUCGAGUCAGUGGAACUUGAAGUCCGACACAAUGGCGAUAGAUGUAUGCGACCAGGUUUCCAAUGGGAAGUCCCUUCGCUCUAUUGUGAAGCGAUUUGCAGAGAGAACAUCUAUGCAAGGUGUAUCUUUUCUGAGUACCUCAAGGAGCUGGUAUGCCAGGAUAAUCUGGAGUUGUCUCCUCCUGACGUCCUUGUCAAUGCUGUUUUAUCACCUGACCUACCUGAUGCAGAUCUACUACAGUUGGCCUAAACAAACGUCCGUCAGCCUGGGGUUCAGCCCCUUGCCGUUUCCAACAAUCACCAUCUGCAAUACCAACCCUGUGAAGCAGAGUAAACUAGGGCACGUUUCCAACGAACUGUAUAGCUUCCUCUAUAAGGCCAACCCUUCCACUCUCGUCAAGGAACAACAGCAGCGAAGGAUAAAUGGCAGCGAACCAGCGUUGAACGGAUUGUUCAACGGAAACUUUACUACCAGUGACUAUCAGAUGAACAUCACUACUGUUCAGGCGCAGGAGGAUGGACGGGAAAUGGGUCUCAAUGAAAGUUCAACCACUGCGACCAUUCAGCUUCAAUUCCAGGUCCUCUUUAUGAAAGAGGUAAGGCAGACGAGAAUAAAUAUUGGACAUCAACUGGACGACAUGCUGAUGGAUUGUUCUUUCUCCUGCCAAACAUGUAGUCCCAGGCAUUUCAUCAUGCAAACGUCUUCUACAUUCGGCAACUGCUACACCUUGGAGCACAACAAGUUCAUCAGCAAGAGGAGCGGUCAAACAAAAGGUCUGCAGCUGAUCCUUUACCUAGAGAACGCUGAGCAGCUUGAAGGCAUCACGACGGGUAACGGGUUCCAACUGGUGGUCAACCCCCACGGCGUGCUGCCCCUCCCAGUUCAUGAUGGACUUACCAUCGAUGCUGGAAAAGAAACGAAUGUAGCUCUAAAGAAGUUGCAGAUCAAGCGACUGGGUCCACCGAAAUGGGAUUGCGAAGAUGGGCUGAUGUUUCAACGCAGAUACAACAUCACUUACUCUGUGCAGACUUGUCAGCUUGUGUGUGAGCAGGAAAUGAUCGCCAACGUGUGCAAGUGUUACAAUGUGGCAGAGGAAGAGAUAACCUUGAUUCUAAACACCACUAACCCUCACCCUGCAUGCCGGUCCAAGAAACAAGUUAAGUGUAUGUUUGGCCAGAUGUGGGUAUUUGAAAACUUCGCGCUCAACUGCACUUGUGGGAAUCCUUGCAGGGAAAUAAAGUACGAGAAGAGCAUUUCCUCCCGCCAAUGGCCGUCGGACAGCUAUGCGAAGGUGCUGCUGGAGAGGCUAUGCGAGACGAGGUCUGCCGUCGACUGCCAAAACCUGAAACACAACUACACAACCGACCCGAGGCUUCUUAGGUUAAACUUCGCUAAAUUGAACAUCUUCUUCGAAGACCUCAACUACGAAAUAAUCAACGAGGAGCCUGAUUACGAGCUGACUCAGUUUGUGUCUGACGUGGGUGGCACCCUAGGCCUGUGGGUGGGGCUCUCCGUCCUCAGUGUUUUCGAGGUCGUGCAGCUGCUCAUCGAGUUAUCAUCGUUUGUCACGUUCGGCGCGUGCAAGGCGAAAGACCCGGAUGCCGACACCCUGACGUUGGCGAAGAAAGAGCCCCCUGACAUGGACAAGUCUUCAUCCUAUCCUACCAGUCACAUUUCCGGUUUCUCGGGAUACUGAACAGACCACGGCUCGCCUUUCAACACCCCAGCGCCUCACUCAGCAAUAUUCCAGUUAUAUGACAGCGGUCUGUAUAUAGUGGAGUCUGGACCAGGCAAUCCGAUGAUUGACAACAUGAGCAUCGAUCUACGCAUUUGGGAAUCGAUGACAUGCAUCA